AAUAAAAUGAAAAGCUCUUCAUUGUAGUGCCAAAUUAUACUUAAAACCACAUUUAGUAGCUCUACCUUUGCCACUCUCUCCAUCAAAUGGAACCAUUUUUCAAUUAUAUUGAAGCAUCUGAUGCUAAAGCAACCUCCUUUUCUCACUCGCCCUCUAUCACAACCCAUCAUGAAUACCAACACCUUUCUUCUAAGAACACAAAACAAAGGACGACUAUUCAACGAAACAGAGACCACCCUAUGUUCAGAGGAGUUCGUAAACGAAAUUGGGGAAAAUGGGUCUCUGAGAUUCGCGAGCCAAGGAAGAAGACUAGAAUUUGGCUUGGAACAUACCCAACACCGGAAAUGGCAGCUCGAGCCCAUGACGCCGCUGCCCUCGCCAUUAAAGGUCACUCUGCUUUUCUCAAUUUCCCAGAAUUGGCCCAAUUCCUUCCUCGCCCGCUUUCCAGGUCCCAUAAGGACAUUCAGGCUGCCGCGGCACAGGCAGCGGCCGCCACAUUUUCUUCCGGAAUCAACGCUGAAAGUGGAGGAGAGGAAGCGGUGGAGGAGAGCAGGGAGCCUCUGUUUCCUGGAAGCGAUGGGGGAGAGAGAACAGAGGAUUCCACAAACUCACCGUCGACGAUAGCCGGUGAUGAGACAUUGUUCGAUUUGCCUGAUUUGGUCAUCGGUAGUUCUGAUUCAAAAGAUGGGUUUGUUUAUCAUUCUUCGUUGUGGCAGUUUUGUGCGGCGGCCGAUCAUAAUGGUUUUCGGCUGGAAGAGCCUUCAUUCUGGGAACUCAUUUAAGUUCAAAAUUUGUGUUCAUUUUUCUUCACUCCAUCAAAAUUCUGUUUUCCGAGGUGAUGUAUUUAUGUUAUGCUGUAAUAAAGAUAAUCGAUAACAAAGUAAAAAACGUUUUUGGAA